AUGAGGAAACUGCUAUUAUUGCUGUUGUGAUCAGCGCAAGCGGCCUUAUUUAAGAAGUGAUCAGAAGAAUGGCACGAGUAAACUCAUAUACAAACAUACAAGAUGGUUUCAGCUAUCUCCUCUUCUCCUUCUUUUCCCCAUUCAUGGAGAUACGAUGUCUUUGUGAGCUUUAGAGGUGAGGAUACACGCUACAAUUUUGUAGACCAUUUGUUCAGUGCUUUGCAUCACAAGGGAAUCAACACCUUCAUAGACAGCAAUGACAUAAAAAGAGGACAAGAAUUAUCUUCAACACUAGUUGCAGCAAUUGAAGAGUCAAGGAUUUGUAUCAUAUUGUUCUCGGAAAAUAAUGCAUCAUCAAAAUGGUGCUUGGAUGAACUCGUCAAGAUUCUUGAAUGUAAACAUUCAAAGCAACAGACGGUUUGGCCUAUUUUUUACAAGGUGGAUCCCUCCGAUGUUGGAAACCAGAGAGGUGCUUAUGUCAGGCACUUGCUUAUCAUGAAUACCGAUUUCAUGAUAACAUGCCAAAAGUGUUAUGUUGGAGGGCAGCUCUUACAGAAGCAGCAAACUUGGCUGGGUGGUCAUUCUUGGACGGGUAUGAGUCUAAAUUUAUUCAUGAUAUUGUUGGAGAGAUUUCAGCGCAAGUACUUAACUGCACAUAUCUCAAUGUGGCUGAUUACCCAGUUGGCAUGGAACCUCGGGUGUUACAUGUGAAUAUGCUUUUAGAUGUUGAAGAAAAGGAUGUUCGCAUGGUAGGAAUAUGGGGAAUUGGUGGAAUAGGUAAGACAACAGUUGCUAAAGCUGUUUGUAAUUCCAUUGUUGGUGGGUUUGAAGGUAGCUGUUUCUUGGAAAAUGUUAGGGAAAACUCAAUGCGAGAUGGAGGCCUAGUGGAACUACAAAACACUCUACUUUUUGAUAUUCUAGGGGAGAAGAGAUUGAAGGUGAACAAUUCUGAUAAAGGAAUCAAUGUGAUAAAGAAAAUGUUGAGCCAUAAAAGAGUUCUCUUAGUUCUUGAUGAUGUGAAUCAUUUGGACCAGUUAAAGAAAUUAGCUGGAGGGGUAGAUUGGUUUGGUAUAGGCAGUAGAAUUGUCAUCACAACAAGAGAUAAACACUUGUUAACUGCUCAUCAAAUUAAUCUGAUAUACAAGGUCAAGGAAUUGAAUUAUAAUCAAGCUACCGUUCUCUUCAGUUGGAAUGCAUUUGCAAGAAAGAGACAUCAGGUUGAUAAACUGAUAGUCGAAACUGCACUACAAUAUGCUCAAGGCCUUCCAUUAGCUCUUAUACAUCUAGGUUCCCGUCUAUGUGGUAGAAGCACAGAUGAAUGUAAAGCUGCAUUAGAUUGUCAUGCAAGAGUUCCAAACCAAGAGAUUCAAGAAAUUCUCAAGAUAAGUUAUAAUGCAUUGGAAGAUCCUGUGAAGGAAGUUUUCCUUGACAUUGCUUGUUUCUUUAAAGGUAAAAAGCGGAACUAUGUGGUAGAAACAUUAGAAAGUUGUGAACUCAAUCCUAAGUAUCGUAUUGAAGUACUCGUCGAUAAUGCCAUCAUAAGUAUUGAACGAGACAAUAUUUGGAUGCAUGACUUGAUAGAAGCAAUGGGUAGAGAAAUAGUUCGCCAAGAGUCGCCAACUGAGCCUGGAAGACGUAGCAGACUGUGGUUUCAUGAAGACGUUUACCAUGGAACAGACAAUAUCAAAGGCAUUGUGGCAAAUUUGCCCAAAUCAGAUGUGAAUUGUGAUAUCUGCAAAUUCCUAAAAAGCAUCCCUGACUUCUCCGGAAUCCCAAACUUAGUGUACUUGAAUCUAAAUUACUGUGAAAGUUUAGCUGAGGUUCACCCUUCAGUUGGAUUCCUCAAAAGGCUUGUUCACUUAAGUGCUGAGAAAUGCUCUAGCCUUGAGAUGUUUCCUCCAAGACUCAGCUUGAGAUCUCUGGAAACUUUUCUACUCGGAGGUUGUAGCAAGCUUAAGAGUUUUCCAGAAAUCGUGGGGACAAUGAAAUCCUUAAAAUGUAUCACACUACCUGGCACUGCCAUUAGAGAAUUACCGUUGUCAAUUGGAUAUCUCAGUGGACUUCAGGAGUUAAAUCUAAAUGAGUGUGAGGACCUUACAAAUCUGCCAUGCAGCAUUUAUGAAUUGCAACAUCUACAAUAUCUCUUCCUUGAUUCCUGCCCAAAACUUGUUGCAUUUCCGCAUUUGGAAAACUCUGAAGUUUCAGGUAGUUCAAAAUUACUUCCUUUGGUGCUUCCCAAGCUCUUGCGAUUUAAUAUGGGAGGAUGCAAUUUAUCCAAAAGUAAUUUACUGGCAACUCUGGAUUGCUUGUCCACAUUACAAGAACUUGAUCUAUCCGGAAGCAAUUUUGUCAGUCUUCCUAUAUGCAUUAGCAAAUUUGUCAAUUUGUUGGACCUUAACUUGUGUUGUUGCAAGAGGCUUCGGAAAAUUCCACAACUUCCACCAAAGGUAUGUUGGGUAGAUGUGGGCGAUUGCAAAUCAUUGGAAACGUUUCCAAAAUUGUCAAACAUAUUGGAAAGUCGUGAGUUACAAGGUAUUGAGUGGAUGGACUUGUUCAAUUGUCAUAGAUUAUGUGAUAAUCUGCAUUAUGAAGUGGCAGAGAUGGAUAAUAUUUUUCAGAACCAGGUCUCAUUUCUCUCUCUUUACAUAGAAUGUUUAAUUGAUGUCACACUCUGUCAAUAUGUUCUUGAUUCAUGA